UUCAUGACUCGAAGAGCUCCAAAGCAGUGUUUACAUUUUUCUGCAGGAAAUAAAGAUGUCCUUCUUUAAUUUAACACAAUUGGGAGUCCAAGACACAAUCAAGAAUGGCGUCAAAACUCCAGCCACGACGAUUGGUUCUGGGCCUGUGAGUGAAGAAAGCGGAAAACACAUCCCCGACAGGACGAGUUUGAAAGAACCGGUGUAUCCGAACUCCGAAGCCAAUGGAUCGCAUGUGCUCUACACAAAAAGGCUCCACAAACACAUUAGACCAAAGCAAGGCCCUAACGAGAUAUACGAAAAGAAAGUGUCUAAUAAUUACUCAUAUGGAUGGUGGAUGCGAGAUGGAGUUCAAAGUGAACAAUGGACCAAAAAUGAYCAUCAUCCWAUGGUUAGAAGUGAAAUGACAAGAUUUGUAGAUGAGAUGACACUUACCAACAGAGAAUUUACUUUAUUUUAAUAAAACGUUUUAUAAGUAC